GAGCCCAAGGCGCGAGGGGCCGGCCAAUGGCCCCGUGCAGCGUGUGUCGGCUGAAGGCUCGCACUGGCCCUGUGUGGGGCCCCUCUCAGCUGGCACGGACCUGUACAGCUUUCCAGCUCCCUGACCGCUGUGGGGCCCGCUGCAUUGAUUUCAAUGGGAGCUAGUUGGGCGCCUGGAGCUGGCCGAGAGGAAGAGGCGCCAGGCAAUAGCCAACUCUUACAGUAAAAGUUGUUUUCAGAGCUGUAAAUUCCAGAUGUUAAAGGUGACUGGCAAGCCACCUCUUCAGGUGCCAUCAACUGCAGCAAUAUAGUCAAUAGACCCAUAGUCAAGCUGAAGAGGGUGCAGGUGGACGUGAGGACUAGCACCCAUUUAACUACUGAUGUCACAUCAUGCAUGGAACCCUGCCUAGGAAUAUGGCUCAGAUAAACGUUGAGCAUUAUAUUUAACCAUCCAGAGCUUUACUUUUGUAAAAUUUCCUUUUAAAUACAUAAAAAGUAUCUAGGGAAAAAAAAUAAAAACCUGUAGGCUUCUAGGUAACAUGCUAAAUGCCACUUGUCAGGCCUGAUCCAGCACCCACUGAAGUCAGUAGGAACUCCCAUGGACUUUGGAUAUUAGAUUCAUCUCUUGUUAAGUAUAUCUGAGGCAUUCCACACUUGCAGUAUUCUGAUGGACCCCAGAUGAAGAUCUUAAAUCAUUUAAGAAUAAGCUGAAAUUCUUAAGAAGUUAGGCAUGGAACCUGUUGCAAGGAAGAUCUUCAAAGGAGUUUUACUUUUGGAAGUGGCUGGGCUUGCUGGAGCCUAUUUACUAUUUUACAGAAUGGACACAAAUCAAGAUUUUAGGCAUACAAUGAACAAGAGAUUUCCAUCCAUUCUGGAAGUUUAUUACAAAAGCAAUGAAUGGGCUGGAGUUCAUGGAAUAAGGGAGAAGGACCAACUGAAAUGGCUAAGCAGCAAAAAUUAGAAGUAAAAACAGAAGCAGUGUAAAACAAUGUCUCAUUCAUUUUCUUGACUUUUUGCCUUUGUGCUUAUUUUUCAGGCCUUUGUGUCUGAACUGUUUUUUCUUCUUGAUAAUAGUUUUCACAUCUCUGUUGUGGAGCCAAUCAUCACGCUCUGCUUCCCACUUGAGCUGUUUGAUGCCUGCAAGGGAAGAGGAGGAACAUGGCAAAUAAGAGGUGGAGGAUAACUGAUGUAUCCUUUGAACAUAGUUUUGUAUUUGAAUAAAUUCUGAUAAAUUCAUAGAACACCAAUAAAAUGUGAACCAUUGGAUUUUUCACCUCAGAAGAAAUUUUUCCAUUAUGCAGAAACUAUUAUACCUGGAACCUUUUGGACCUGUUGCAAAGGCACAAAUUUUAAAAUUGCUUUCAUGUACCCUGUGUUAUAGUUUGCCUUAACACUAUUGUUUAAGUAGAAAUACUCAAUGUCCAGGAUGGGAGAUAAAUUUUUCAGACUAGAGAAAUGAUGCAAAGAAUACAAAGCCUUAAUUAUACUCAACACAACAGUUUUAUCUGUUUGAUAAAAUACCUACUUUUCAAAAUGGGGUUACACAGAUGUAGAUUUGUGGGGGGGGAAUUGUUUUUGCUCCAUGUACACCAAAGCUGGAGAGUGGCAUGUUUGGCUAAACCUUAAUUACAUCAGCUUUUAUACCAGAAAAAUUCCCAUUGGGGAGAAAGUUAUACACCUCUAGAAGUUUAAAACCAGUUAAGCUACAUAAUUUAGAAUUAGAUAUUUAAUGAUGCAAGUCAAAAGCUGCAUAUCAUUUUGCAAAAUGCUUGCAAGUGCUGAGAGUAAGAAUACAAUUAAAUCUAGACUAGGGUGAGAGUCCUUAAAAACAAGUACUGUUGUAUUAUACAUCAUGUACCUAUAUAAAAUAAAGUUAUACAGGAGCAGUGGCUCAG